AUCAUCAUUUGGCAGUAAAGGACACCACCGUUCCCCAUUUUCUCCCCACAACCCUUCCCAAUUCCCCAUUCACAGUCCCACCUCAGCAUCUACUUCUCUCUCUCUAUCUCUCUCUGUGUGUAAAUCUAUGGACCCGGUACUGGCGGCGACGUUUCCUCAGCCGCACAUGCCCGCCCCCGUCACCAUCACCGUCACCCCAACCGCCGCCCCGGAAGCAGAGAACCACAUACCUCACCCAACAAACCACCCCCCUUACGCCGAGAUGAUUUUUGCGGCGAUAACGGCUCUAAAGGAGAAGAACGGUUCGAGCAAGAUAGCCAUAGCCAAGUACAUAGAGCGAGCCUACUCGGGCCUCCCGCCCACCCACUCGGCCUUGUUGACUCACCACCUCAAGCGCUUGAAGAGCAGCGGUCUUCUCGUCAUGGUGAAGAAAUCAUACAAGCUCCCUAGAUCUGAUGCCCCUUCUUCGCCUCCUCCUCUUACUGGGCCGGGCCGAGGCCGGGGACGUCCUCCCAAGCCCAAGCCCACUACCAAUCCGGAGCCCAAUGCCCAGCCGGUUCUCGUCGCUCUUGGGCUUGUAGAUGAGCCCAAUGCGCAGCCGGUGGCGGUCAAGAAGGGACCGGGUCGUCCGCGGAAGAGCGGGCUGGUGGGGCAGCCCGGGCCCGUCAAGAGGGCCCGAGGGCGUCCACCUGGGUCCGUGGGACUCAAGCCUAGGUUGACAAAGAGGACUCCCAAGCCCAAGUCAGUGACUGCUGUGUUGGGCUCUAAUGGGCUGAAGAGAGGCCGUGGGCGCCCACCGAAGCCCCAGCUCCAGACCAUGGUCAUUCCUUUCGCUCCCAACAAUUUUGCAGCAGUAGCGCCGGCAGCAGAUCUGCCGAGGCCUAGGGGCCGGCCCAAGAAGGACGCGGCAGCACCGGGGGCUGUUGCUGAAGUUUUUGGCGUCCCCCGGAAGCCCAAGAAGUCCACCGGAAGGCCUGUCGGCCGGCCGAAAAAGAAUGCGGCGGCAUUCGCCAUACCUGAAGCACCGGAAAUGCAGCCGAUUGCCUAUGUAGAUCUGAAGAGGAAACUUGAAUAUAUUCAAUCUAAAGUCAAGGAAGUUGUUGGUGUGCUGAAGCCCCAGGUAACGAACGAUAGUGCGCGCAGCAUAGUGGCGGCAAUCGAAGAGUUAGAAGGGCUUGCAUCAAUGGACAUUAUUACUGCACCAUUACAAGUUGAAACCCAACAGCUGCAACAGCCCCAGCAACUGCCCCAACAACAGCCUCUGCCCCAUUAUCAGUUCUAAUCACUGCCACAUCAUUCCAGUUAUAUGGCAAUCAUAGAUCAGUCUAUUAAAUAGCGUUAUUCAAUCGUGACUGACUUGCAAAUUAGAUAGCUGUUUUGCAUGCUGCCCAAUUUAUUGGUACAUGACGUAGCUUUCUUCUUGCUUGAGUUUACUUGUUUCAUAAGGAGUUGUACGUGAGCCAUUCUCUUCCAAUUAUGGAGUUGACUUGAUUAUGAAGUAUACUCUUGUAUUUUAGCCAAGGAGAAAUUGUUGAUUAGCAUUUUUUUCA